AUGCUCCUGCCCUCCAAAAAGGACCUGAAGACUGCCAUGGAGGUAUUCGCGCUUUUCCAGUGGGCUCUCAGUGCCUUGCUUAUUGCAACUACGGUGAUCGCUGUCAACCUCUACCUGGUGUUGUUUACGCCAUACUGGCCCAUCACUGUGCUCCUUCUCAGCUGGCUGGCUUUUGACUGGAAGACACCUGAGAGAGGUGGCCGCCGAUUUACUUGGGUGAGGCAAUGGUGCUUGUGGAAACACUACUGCGACUACUUCCCUCUCAAGCUUUUGAAGACUCAUGAUCUCUCCCCCAGCCACAACUACAUUCUUGUGUGUCACCCUCACGGGGUCAUGUCCCAUUCGUGCUUUGGACACUUUGGCACAGACACUUCGGGCUUCUCCAAGGUCUUUCCUGGCAUCACCCCAUAUGUACUCACACUGGGAGCCUUUUUCUGGGUCCCCUUUCUCAGGGAAUAUGUAAUGUCCACAGGGGCCUGCUCAGUGAGCCAAUCCUCCAUGGACUUCCUGCUUACCCGCAAGGGCACAGGCAACAUGCUCAUUGUGGUGGUGGGUGGCCUGGCUGAGUGUAGAUACAGCCUUCCGGGCUCUUCCACCCUGGUCUUGAAGAAGCGGCACGGCUUUGUGCGCACGGCCCUGCGGCACGGAGUGGCCCUAGUACCUGCUUAUUCCUUUGGAGAGAAUGACCUCUAUGAUCAGCAUAUUUUCACACCGGGAGGCUUCGUCAACCGCUUCCAGCAGUGGUUCCAGCGCAUGGUCCAUAUCUACCCUUGUGCUUUCUAUGGACGUGGCUUCACCAAGAGCUCCCUGGGCCUUCUGCCCUAUACCCGGCCUGUAACAACAAUUGUCGGGGAACCUCUACCAGUGCCCAAGAUUGAGUAUCCAAGCCAGGAGACUGUGGCUCAAUACCACGCACUCUAUGUCAACGCUCUCCGCAAACUAUUUGACCAGCAUAAGACCAAAUUUGGUAUUUCAGAGACUCAGGAGCUGGUGAUAAUUUAA